AGUAUCGAUUGAAUUUAUUGAAAGAUACACACGUGUUUUUUUACAAGAGUACCAUAUACAAUUAAAAAAACAUAUAAAAUAUUAUCUAAUUUAAUUCUAAAAACUAUCUAAAAACUUUUAAAAACUCUGAUAUUGUUAUAUUUUUAACAACAUUAUUUAAAGUAAACAGAAUAUACAUAACAUAUUCAUAUAAAUUUUAAUCUAACCUCAAACACUAGUUUUCUUAGGACACAUUCUAAAUUAUGGAAAGAAAAAAUAAAAAUUUGUUGAAAAAUAAACAAAUUAAUAAAGAAAACGUUCGUAGGAAGAGAUCAAGAAUAAUAAUAAGAAAUCUGCCAUUUCAACUCAUAGAGGAUCAUUUAAAAGAAUAUUUUAGUAAGUAUGGUAAAAUUGAAGAAGUAAACAUAUUAAAGAAAGAUGGAAAACCUGUUGGUUGCGGCUUUGUACAAUUUGAUCAUGUACAAAGUGCAGCGAAAGCAAUACAUCAUGCAAAUAUGAAGCUGCUUCAAGGUAGACCCAUUGUAGUCGAUUGGGCAAUACCAAAAAGUAAGUAUAAAAAAGAUAGAAAUAACCCAGGAAAUAAAAAGGAAGAUAAUAAUGUUGAUACUGAAAUAAAGAUAGAACAUGAAGAUCAUCAGAAUGAUGAUAAAUCGAAUAAUAAAAACGAAUAUAUGGAUAUAUCGGUUGAAGAAAACAAAGAGGAUAUACAAUACUUAUCGGAAGAAGUACAAGAUAUAAAAGAUGAGGAAGUUGUUAUUAAAGAAGAAGCAUCUGGAGAAGAAGAAGCAGACGACAAAGAAUUAAUUAGAAGACAAAAUUUCAAACGCGAGUCUAAUGAUGUUGAGGAUGGUAAAACAAUUUUUCUAAAAAAUGUACCAUUCUCGACAACAAAUAAUGAACUCAAAGAAUUUAUGGAAGAAAGGUUUGGUCCGGUUCAAUAUGCUCUAAUAUGCAUAGACCGUAUGACUGAACAUUCUAGAGGUACAGCAUUUGUAAAAUUCAAGAAUAUAGAAGAUGCUGAAAAAUGUUUAUCAGCAGGAACUGAAUUACGUUUACAUGAUGCAAUUAUUGAACCUUACAAAGCAUUAAGUAGAAAAUGUAUUAUGGAUAAAAAUAAUUUAAAGAAUAAAAAAGAGAAAGAUUCGAGAAAUUUAUAUCUUGUUAAAGAAGGAGUAAUAACAGCUGGGAGCCCAGCUGCAGUAGGCGUAUCAGCUACGGAUAUGACUAAACGAUUACAACUUGAACGCUGGAAAUCUCAGAUAUUGCGUAACUUGAACAUGUUUGUUUCAAGAGUACGCUUAGUUGUUCAAAAUUUGCCUGCUUCAUUAGAUGAUGCGAAACUUAGACUAAUUUUUAAAAAAUAUGGUGGACCUAAGGCAAUCAUUAGAGAAGCAAGAAUUAUGCGUGAUUUAAAAAAUAUUGAUGCAAAUGGUAUAGGUAAGUCCAAAGAAUAUGGAUUUGUAACGUUCACCAAACACGAAGAUGCUCUAAGAGCUUUACGAGCUAUAAAUAAUAAUCCUAAGAUUUUUACAUCAUACAAGAGACCGAUAGUUGCAUUUUCUAUAGAAAAUCGUAUUAUGGUAAAUGCCAAACAAAGGAGAAUAGAGAAAAGUCUAGCACGGAAUCCUCUUUACUCGGGAAAUAAAAAUACCAUUCCUAAAAAAUCAGUGGAGCAAAAAACAAUUGAAGCUAAGAAGGAAUUCGAAGAAGAAGAAAAAACUUUCUCUGGUGUUAAAAGUAAACCUGGACAAACAAAGAUCAGAUCGAGGUUUAAUUUAAAAAAUCAAGCUAUUUUGCAUAAAAAAGUAACGAAGAAGGAGAAAAAGGCAGCUAAACACGAUCAGCAGAGUAGAAAAAUGAAAUUAGAAAAAGUGAAAAAAGAUGUGAAAUUUAAAAAAUUGGCCAAAAAAGGUGAUGCGGAAAAUGCAAACUUUAAUAAACUUGUUGAAAGUUACAAAAAUAAAUUAUUAGCAAUAGGUCCAACCAGAUCAAAAUGGUACGAAACGUCAUCGACGUAAAUACAUAUUUAUAUAUGUUUUUGUAUUAAAUAAUUAAUAGGCAUCGAUGUAUUGUCUAUUCAUUUUAAUAAAUAUCUCAUAUUA